AUGUCCUCUUUCACAUACAUCAACGAGAAAGGUGCUGGUGAAAAGCACAGCGAUAUUGGCCAUUACUCUCAGGCUGUCCUUCUUCCUGGCAACGUCGUUAAGUGCUCCGGUCAGGGCGGCUGGACCCCUACUGGCGAGCUUGAUGCGAAUGACUGGAAGCGUCAGAUCGACUUGGCCUUCGACAAUGUCGAUCGUGUUCUUCAGGCUGCCGGCCUGAAGGGAUGGGAGGAUGUCUACCUGCUUCGAUCCUACCAUGUAGAUAUCGGUGCCUCUUGGGAAUAUACAGUUGAGAAGCUCCGUGCUCGUAUUCCCGGCCACCGCCCCGUCUGGACUGCCAUUGCUGUUCCCCGUCUGGCUUUCUCCCAGAUGCUGAUCGAACUUGAGGUUGAGGCCCACAACCCCCGCGGAGCUAGCUUGUAA